AUGAAGAAUUUCAUUGAUCUGGUCCUAGGCCCGACUUCUGGAGGGACACCAAAGCCAGAUACAUCAGCGGUGGUUCGACCAUCUGCAGUCCGAACUGAACCCUCUCCGUCAUUUCAAAACAAAAGUCAUGUCACUACUGUUUCAAAGCAUCGGGCUUUAUCGCCUGAACUCGAGGAUGAUAGUGACUUGGUAGAGGAUUCUACUUCAAUUAUCAAGUUGGUCUGGAAGCCUUGGAUGCGGGCUCAUGAUAGAGACAUAGACAUUCAUUCAAAGGACUCUGUCGCUGAUGAUGUUGAUGUUGCGGUGGGUUUGGACAAGGCUACGAUCCUUCCCCCCGAUCUACGAAUUUUUGAGAAUCAGCACGACGAUUCUCUUGUUCGGAGUGUUGUUCAAUUGAUGGUGGUGAAUGAGGAGCUUGGCCAAAAGUUAAAGACAACCGAACAAUUAGAGAAGGUGACUCUUGAUGUAGCUGCCUUGGUGAAGGGGCUUAAUUCUUCCCUUGAAGCAAAUAUGGAAACCCUUCGAUCUUCACUCAAAGAUGCUGAGGACAAGGCUUAUAAUGAGGGUUUUGAGAAGGCGGAGAGUGUUAUGGCGGAGCAAAUCCCAGUGAUUGAAGGUUUUUAUUUUAAGAAAGGGUGGGAUACGGCCUUGGUGGAAGCCAAAGUUCCCACUGAUUUUGAGCUUUUAUCUAUGAAUGACGUAACCGUCCCUUCUUCUUUAGGCAGGAAUCUUCCCCCGACCGAGGUCCCUGUGGCCAACACCCCUGUCGUCGUUUCUUUUACUGUUCUUAUUGAUGAUUCAACUGUUGAUCCUAUUGAUCCAUCUGAUGUGCUUUAA